GCCUCAUGUCGGGUUCCAGGACGGAGCAGCGGCUUUCAGGGGCAGCAGCAGGAGGAGGAAACAGCGGGACUCAGAGCUCAGCCGGCCGCUGUACGAUGAAGAAGAAGCUGCUGUGAGCUGCUGGAAACGCUGACAACAUGAUCCGAGUUUUAAACCGGGUGCCUGUGAAGGCUGCGGCCGCCGCGAAGCCCAAACGGCUGGUAAAGGACGUCCCAACCAUACAGUCUAUGGUCCCAACCCGACAGCUGCACAGCUCCUAUGACGUGGCCGUGGUCGGAGGCGGCAUCGUGGGUUUGGCCACAGCCAGAGAGCUCAUUCUGAGACACCCGACGCUCAGCUUCGUCCUGCUGGAGAAGGAGAAGGAGCUCUCUGUACACCAGAGUGGGCACAACAGUGGGGUGAUUCACAGCGGGAUCUACUACACGCCGGGUUCCCUGAAGGCCCGUCUGUGUGUCCGAGGAGCCACUUUAGCCUACGAGUACUGCGAGAAGAAAGGACUCCCUUACAAGAGAUGUGGAAAGCUAAUCGUAGCUGUGGAGCAGGAGGAGAUCCCCAGACUAAAAGCUCUAUAUGAACGUGGUCUGCAGAACAACGUACGAGACCUGAGCAUCGUCGACGCCAAGGGCAUCCGAGAGCGAGAGCCGUACUGCAGGGGGAUCAUGGCCUUGGAUUCGCCCUACACCGGCAUCGUAGACUGGAGGAUGGUAGCUCUCCAGUACGGCACAGACUUCAAGGAGGCCGGCGGGACGGUGGUAACCAAAUACGAGGUCAAUGACAUCUCCAUGGCGACGGAGAGUCCAGCUGGGAGCACUGAAGGAAUGAAAUAUCCAAUCGCACUCAGAGACAAACAGGGUAACGAAGUUCGAUGUCGGUACGUCCUGACCUGUGGAGGUCUCUACUCAGACCGACUGUCGCAGAUUUCUGGAUGCAGCCGGGAGCCACGAAUCGUCCCCUUCAGAGGAGAUUAUCUGGUUCUAAAGCCUGAGAAACACUAUCUGGUCAAAGGGAACAUCUACCCUGUUCCCGACCCCCGUUUCCCGUUCCUCGGCGUCCACUUCACCCCGAGGAUGGACGGAAGCAUCUGGCUCGGCCCCAACGCCGUGCUCGCCUUCAAGAGGGAGGGUUACAAAGUUUACGACUUCAACGCCAGAGACCUGGCAGACGCUCUGUCAUUCAGAGGCCUUCAGAAGCUCGUACUGAAGAACAUGACGUACGGGAUCGGAGAAAUGUACAGGGGAGUCUUCAUUGGUGCACAGGUUAAAAUUCUGCAGAAGUACAUCCCUGAACUCUCCCUGAGUGACGUGCUCAGAGGUCCUGCUGGAGUCCGAGCUCAGGCCCUCGAUCGAGACGGAAACCUGGUGGACGACUUUGUGUUUGACGGCGGCGUGGGCGACGUGGCCAGUCGGGUGCUUCAUGUGAGGAACGCUCCGUCGCCGGCGGCAACCUCCUCCCUCGCCAUCGGUGAAAUGAUCGCAGACGAGGUCGAGAGUCGCUUCACGCUAUAGAGAAUCCAGAAACAAACAAAAAAAAAGACAGCUACAACAUUGUAUUCAGCUUCCUAAACAUCACUAUCACUUUUUUAUUAUCAAAAGUCAGACCUUAAUUUAACAGGAGGAGGAGACAUGUCAUCAAAGAGUUGCAUAUUUAAGGCAGUUUUUACUCCAGCGGUGCUAUUUUCUGGUUUCAUGACAUGUUUACACCACAUUUCACAGUAAAACUUCAUUUUAAUGCACUACAUUUCUGUCUAAACAUAAAAUACAACACAAGAUGCUCUUUCUGAACAUACAAGAAUUAACUUUAAUGACAUUACUGUCGAUUUGCGAUAUUAAAUCAGAAUAUUCAGCUUUGUAAACACAGUAUACUGAAUGUAAGCUUGGAUUUUAAAUGAGGGAUUUUUGGGUACUGAUAUUCUUUUAGUUUUGAAUUCUUCACCAUUGAAGGCAGUUUUUCAUCUCAAUAUUGUCAGUUUUUGGUGAAAAAGCUCAAGUUUUUAGACAGUAUUUAAAAAUGAGUAAAUUAUACAACCCUUAAAUUAAAUUAUUAAUUUAGUUUUUUACAAAUUUUGCCAUGAACUUGGGCAUCUCUGAGGAAUGAAACUCGUCAUGAAAUGCACACUUCUCGCUAAAGAACGCACAUUUUUUGAAGAAAGACGGGUUGUUCUUACGUCUUUUUUUAAAAUUAGAUCAAAGACUAAACAGUUUUGUCUUAAAUUUACAUAAAGACAAACAUGUGGAGCGGUGAUUUUAUGCAAUUUUUGCUCAAAUUUGCUUUUUUCUUAUUGCUUCAGAGGCUUCAGUUGUUCAGAUAAUGUUCAUAAAAUGAGUCUCUUGUUGUCCCGUUUAUUGACAGAUGAAUGUUCAAGUAUUUUUUUCCCCAUAAAUAUUUAUUUUUAAAUGGAAAAUGCCGUAAUAUUAGUGGUUUGUGCCAUAAGAUUUGUUAAUUUCGGGUAGUAAUGCAGAUAUUUGGCACAAGCUCAUGCAUCCAAAGUGCAGGAAGGAAGAAAAUAGUUGGAAAAAUCAACUUUAUAAUUAACUUUAAUGUGUUUAAAGUUGUGUUUUUUUUUACACUACAAGUGUUACGGCAGCUCUGUCUGUUGUUAAGUGAAGCAUUUGUACAGUUUGUCCACCAGGAGGCAGAAUCAGCAGCAAACAUGAUGCAUGAGCCCAGCGGAAGAACAAACUCUGUGUAAAUUAGAUGCUAAAGGGUGAAACCUCUUGUCCUUAAUGUUUUUACUGAUGAUGCUUGUACAAUGGCAUAAAAAUAAAAUGGAUUUUUUUUUAUGCA